AUAUACCACUAUACAAUUGAUAUCGUUCUUAUCCAACAUCGUAGCAAUCAAGGACUCAAAUUCCUCAAUUUCUAAAUUUAGUUUACGUGAUUUUCAGCAUAAAUAAACGCACAACUGACCUAUCUGAUCAGUCAGGAAAUUCAGAAAUCGCCAUUUUACAAUAUCUAUCGGUGCUUCCGGAGUUUCGUAAAUCUAUGACGAUGAAAUUCGGGAAAAUAUCACUGCUUCUUCUUAGUUUCACUGUUUUCUGUUAUGCAGUGAUUGCUGUACCCGAGACUUGUCCAGCCGCUAAUGUUGGUAAAUGCGGGGAUCCAGAUGAUUGGGAAGGGGAGUUUUUCCCUGGCAUUUACAAAAUUAAAUAUGAGGGGCCUUCGAGUAAGAAUCCACUUUCGUUCAAAUGGUAUAAUGCAGAAGAGGAAAUUCUUGGGAAGAAGAUGAAGGAUUGGUUUAGAUUUAGCGUUGCAUUUUGGCAUACAUUCCGUGGAACAGGUGGUGACCCAUUCGGUGCACCUACCAAACACUGGCCAUGGGAAGAUGGUACCAAUUCAUUAAGCAUGGCUAAAAGAAGGAUGAGAGCAAAUUUUGAGUUCAUAAACAAACUCGGUGUUGAUUUUUGGUGCUUCCACGAUAGGGAUAUAGCACCUGAUGCGCCGACUCUUGAGGAAACAAAUGCAAACCUGGAUGAAGUGGCGGCUCUUGCUCAAGAGCUUCAGACUAAGGGUAAAAAGAGCGUUUUGUGGGGAACAGCUCAGUUGUUCAUGCAUCCUCGCUAUAUGCAUGGUGCUGCUACUAGCUCUGAGUUAGAGGUGUAUGCAUAUGCUGCUGCUCAAGUGAAGAAAGCCAUGGAGGUGACACAUUAUUUGGGAGGAGAAAAUUAUGUGUUUUGGGGCGGCCGCGAGGGCUACCAAUCUCUUUUGAACACAGAUAUGGAACGGGAGCUUAAUCACUUGGCUAGAUUUUUUGAAGCUGCUGUUGCGCACAAAAAGAAGAUCGGAUUCAAUGGGACACUUUUAAUUGAACCAAAGCCACAAGAGCCUACAAAACACCAGUAUGAUUGGGAUGCUGCAACUACAGCUAAUUUCUUGCGAAAAUAUGGACUUAUAGGGGAAUUCAAACUUAACAUUGAGUGCAACCAUGCCACCCUAUCUGGUCACAGUUGUCACCACGAGCUUGAAACUGCGAGGAUUAAUGGAUUGUUGGGUAAUAUUGAUGCAAAUACCGGUGAUCCUCAAGUUGGUUGGGACACAGAUCAGUUUCUUGUAGAUAUCCAAGAGGCAACAAUGAUUAUGCUCAGCGUUAUCAGAAAUGAUGGAAUUGCACCAGGUGGAUUCAACUUUGACGCCAAAUUGCGGAGAGAGAGCACAGAUGUUGAAGACUUAUUCAUAGCUCAUAUUGUUGGAAUGGAUACAAUGGCCCGGGGCCUCAGAAACGCUGCCAAGCUAGUUGAGGACGGUUCUCUGGCCGAGCUUGUCCGCAAGCGAUAUCAAAGUUUUGAUACAGAAAUUGGUGCUCAAAUAGAGGCUGGAAAAGCUGACUUUGAGUUUCUUGAGAAGAAGACCAAGGAAUGGGGAGAACCAAAGGUUGCUUCUGCAAAACAGGAGCUAGCUGAGAUGAUCUUCCAGUCUGCUAUGUAGAAAGCAGCAUCUAGCUCUGCGUGGAAGUUGUAUUUCUUGUCCUUUUUGUUAGGAAUAGUUUACAGCAGUAGUAUUAGUUUUGGCAGUAUAAUAAACUGAAAUCCAGAGUAACUUAUAUUAAGCUGCUUAUUUUUGCUUGUGAUAAAUAAUGCGUGGAGCCAAUAUCUGUUGGGUUCCUCUGUGCAUUCGAAGCCCGGUGAAGUGCAUGUUAACUUUUGUAUAAAAUUGAUGUAUCUCCGGCCAUAAAUGACAGUUUAUCAUGCAGAAUAUAUUUCUACUUUUUCUUUA